AUGUCGUCACCAGACGGGCCCAGCACAAUUCGGGUUUUUGUCCACUGGCACGGUCAAACCGUCUUCGCUGGCGAGGAGGUCAAGUGUACCAUCACCUUCAAGAACGUCGCGCCACCACCCGCGACUUCGUCCUCUUCCAGCUCCACCCCGCCUUCCAGCUUUACUAGCGGCAGUCACCUCUCUCGUCAGCAACAGCUCCAACAGCAGCGGCUGAACAUCAACAACCACAGGCUUCCGAGCCCUCUGCUCGCCUCCCAGAACAGGCAGCCCAAGACCCCGACCCAGUCUUCUGGCCUUGCGCCGCCACCCCGGCAGUCCCGUGGGCACCGACACAGCCACUCCGUUGGCGGGAUUCCGCCCUCGUCCUCACGAGCUAGGUCCGGCUCCGAAACCUGGCCUGCGCCAGCACCUGGCGAAGAAAGCCCAGGCCAGCGCGGCGGCUCUCAUCGGCGGUCCAUCUCUAUCGUUUCGCUCGGCUCCCCGACCCCAGACUCACAGGGCCAUGGCGCUAGCGGGACCUUCAAGACGCCGCCACGGCCGCAUAGAGGCCACGGCCGCGCAUCGAGUCUGCAUAUAACCUCCCGCGCGUCCGUUCCGAGCGGGCCUCGAUCAGCGUCACAUCCACACCGACCACCCUUCAACGCGCAACCUUCGCCUCUUUAUAAUGCGUCUUUUCCUCCAUCGGGCUCCUCCAUGACGCCCAACACACCCGGUCUUGGAAUCACCACUGCAGGAGGCUCACCCCAGACGACAGCAGAUUCUCUUACUAGUUUUAAGUUUCCCAUGAAAAACACACCCGAAGUCCAGGCUUCAGGGAGUCCUAUCAUUAGUGUUGACGAACCCCCGCCGGGCGCAACUGAGUCGCCCCAUGACGGCACAACUGCCUCUGCGAAUUUACCACCAAGGAGGACCGAUAACUCCAUACCUACAAUCAACGAGAACAACGUAGCCCCUGCAGCCAGGGUGCUGUCCACGACGAGCAUUUCGGGAACACCACGCAGCAGUACGGAAUUCUACUCGGUGAGUAACAACUCGACCGAGACACUAGCGUCAGAAUAUGUGAUACCACAGCCGGGCAGGACAGCUGGAGGAAGGCCACUACAUUUACGACAGAGAUCGUACUUGUCGGGACAGAAGGCUCGAGCGGCACCCGAGGCUUUGAUGAUGGGAUAUGCGCAGAUACAGGGCUCCUUUACGCUGGACGGGUCCCUUGUGGACUUGGCACCCUUUGAGCUGGUGAAGCGCAAGGCGGUACUGGGUGGACAAGGUGGUGGCGUCAUCGGCGUGGAGACGCAACAUAAGCGCGAGAGUGGCCUGCUGCGAGGUUUUGGCUGGGGCAGCUUGACCAGCUCCAUCGGCGAGCUACUAGGCGGCGGCGAGCUCAGCACCAUCAAGGAGAUGCGCGGCAUAGCGGACUCCAAGGCAGUUCCGCUGCUGUCGACCCCUCAGUCCCUGCUGUUUGUCGAUCUGAAGCUCGCACCUGGAGAGAGCAAAUCAUUUGAGUACAUCUACAGGUUACCCAAGGGGCUGCCUCCUACACACAAGGGCAGGGCCAUGAAAAUCUCGUACGGCCUCGUCAUUGGUACCCAAAGGCCUGGCAGUGCCAAGGAUCACCAGAUGAAGUCUGUCCAGGUACCCUUUCGUGUACUCGGCAGUGUGAACAACCACGGAGAGAUCCUGGGUCACGACUUGAUGAACCCUUAUGUGCUCCUAAAAGAUCUUGCUCAAGUGCAAAAUCUGGACGAUUCCAGGAACCGUUCAACUGAGAACAACAUUAGUGGGAAGGGUACCGCCCCUGCCUCUACGAUGCAAAGCUUCCUCACAUAUGUGGAUGAAUUAUUAAAUCGCCCUAGCCAAGGGACUGGGACGGACGCCCUGUUAUCACCUACGGCAGUACCUGGGUCACGACGGCUGUCAUCGGCCUCUUAUUUUGAGGAUGGCGUCUUGACAGCAAAGGAGGCCAUAGACAUGGCCAUCCUGCGUAGCAACCAGACGGGAGCGGGCCAGCAGAGCGCGAACAGGUUUGAGAUUGCCCGCAACGGCCGCAAGGUCGGAGUCGUGACCCUAGCGCGGCCCUCCUAUAGGAUUGGAGAGCCCGUCGCGAUGACGGUUGACUUUUCUAGCAGAGAAUUGCCUUGCUACGCGUUGCACGCAGCCCUCGAGACGGCAGAGCGCGUAGAUCCGUCACUGGCACUCCGAUCGGAAGCCAGCGUGCAUCGUGUGACGAGACGAGUAUACGCGACCUCUUCCGAAGCAGCAAUGUUUGCCCGCCGAGUGGUGUUCGCACCGACGAUACCUGUCUCGGCUACACCCGAGUUUGUCACCAGUGGCGUCAGCCUCGAGUGGAGGAUUCGCCUUGAGUUCGUGGUUCCAUCUGCCACUGCGACCAACUCUCAAACACCACAAACUCCUCCCUUUUCUCACCAAGGGCAAAACGGGAGCAGACUCGACGAGGAAGAUGACGAUGACGGAGAGGGGAGCGACACAGGCAGUAGGACGACGGAGCGGGAGGCCGUCCCCGGUGGGCCCGCGUCGGCUCGUUUGCUACAGCAACAACAGCAACAACAGCCAAAACAGAUGCACACUCUACUGGAAGAAGUCUCACGUGAUGAGCGUGGCGGUCUCGUAUUGGUCGCAGCCGAGACGUUACCGUGCGAGAGUUUUGAAGUUGCUGUCCCGUUACGUGUCUACGGCGCCACCAUCCUGGUGUGGCUCAUUGAGCAGGGCUACACUGUCGUCUGCUUCCUCGCCAAUGUCGGCCAGGAGGAGAACUGGGAUGAGGUCAAGGCCAAGGCCAAGAAGCUCGGAGCUGAGGAGAUGGUGAUCCUCGACCUGCAGAAGGAGUUUGUUGAGCAGAUCGUCUUCCGUGCCAUUCAGUGCAACGCCAUCUACGAGGACAGGUACCUGCUGGGCACGUCGCUGGCCCGCCCCAUCAUCGCCCGCGCCCAGGUCCGCGUCGCCGAGCAGUACAACUGCCAGUACGUCAGCCACGGCUGCACCGGCAAGGGCAACGACCAGGUCCGCUUCGAGCUCGCCUUCAAGGCCUGCAACCCUACCAUUCAGGUUAUUGCCCCAUGGAGGCUGCCCGAGUUCAUCUCCAAGUUCCAGGGCCGUCAGGACCUGCUCAAGUACGCCGAGGAGAAGAACAUCCCCGUCUCUUCCAGCCCCAAGGCCCCCUGGUCCAUGGACGACAACCUCGUCCACUGCAGCUACGAGGCCGGCGUGCUCGAGGACCCCGACCACACCCCUCCCAAGGAGCUGUGGACCCGAACCGUUGACCCGGUCGACGCCCCUGCUACGCCGCAGGAGUUUACCGUCGAAUUCGAGAAGGGUAUCCCCACAAAGGUGAUUGUGGACGGCAAGGAGACGACCGGCUCGGUUGAGGUGUUCAAGCUGCUCAACAAGCUGGGCCACGACCAUGGUGUUGGCCGUAUCGACAUUGUCGAGAACCGCUUCAUUGGCCUCAAGUCGCGUGGCUGCUACGACACGCCGGGUCUGACCAUUGCCCGCCUGGCCCACUUGGACCUCGAGGGUUUGGUCAUGGACUCCAAGGUCCGUGAGAUUCGUGAUCAGUUCUGCACUCUGUCGUGGUCUCGCCAGCUGUACAACGGCAUGUACUUUAGCCCAGAGCGCGAGUUCGUCGAGAACUCCAUCAUCUUCAGCCAGCAGAACGUCACUGGUCAGGUCAGGCUGGCUGUCUACAAGGGCAACACAUACGUUCUGGGCCGCAAGAGCGACGCCAGCAACCUCUACUCGGAGCAGGACGCUUCCAUGGACUCCCUUGAGGGCUUCUCGCCCAUGGACACAACGGGCUUCAUCGAGAUCAACGCCAUCCGCCUCAAGAAGUACGGUCUGCAAAAGAUCAAGGACGGCAAGCCUCUUACUCAGUCAUGA